GAAAGGUGUGGUGGCAAAGGAAGGGAGAGACUGCUGCUGAGUGCCAGGGACGGGUCUGUGUGCAGAACAGGGUCAGGACAUGGAAGGACAGAAGACUGGUAGAGUAGAUAGGCAAAGACAAGCUCCACGAAGACCAAGUCAUCCUAUAUAUUAGGAUAGAAAGCUGGACACGUGAUACACAGAAAAAGCUACUUGAGGACUUAUUAUCUGUAUAUGACAACUGGACAGAAGGCUGGUGGAGUAGAAAGGCAAAGACAACCUCCACGAAGACGGUGUAACCGUAUAUGAGGACAGAGUGCUGGACACAUGAUAGAAGAAGAUGCUCCAUGAGAACAUAUUAACAGUACAUAACGACUGGACAGAAAUCUGGUGGAGUAGAUAGGCAAAGACACCUACGAAGACAGAGAGCUGGAGGUGUGAUAUACAGAGGUUGGGUCAUUCUGGAACAAAUCUUAUUAUGUUUCAGAUAGCCUCAGACUUUACAUCCAGAUACUUCUCAUUUAUGGUGUGGAGACAAGGUGGUCAGAGAUGAGUCUUAACUUAUAGAGAGGACGAAGAGGAGGGCAACCUACAGUUAUAAGUUGCAGACAGGAAGUCAUAUCUGCUGUCGGGUCGCACGGAGCCCCUGGACUCUUAACAUGGCCGCACCCCACCAGGGUUUAGUGGCACAGGAAUCGGAGGAUGAGGAGAUCUGGGAGAAGCCGGUCAGUGACUGGUCAGUACAAGACGUCUGCUCCUGGCUGCAAUAUGGACCCUUACAGAACGCAGCCGGCCUGGUCCAAGCAGCUUAUUCCCAUCACAUCUCAGGACGAGCUCUGCUGAGGUUGACGGAUAAUUUGCUGCAGAGAAUAGGAAUUCACGAAGAGGGUUUACGUCGGACAAUUCUUGUGGAAGUCUUGGAACUGAAGCUACAGCAGGAAAUCCAGCAGCUGCUGCUCAUCGCGGAGUGUGUGGAAGAGCAGGAAAGAAGAUGACCAUAAGGCUGACCAACACCAAGGAAUAAUACUCUGAACAUCUGCUGAGGAGCUGCGGGCCACGGGAGCCACUGCCGGCAGCCGGACUGCGUCCCCAGAGCAUGGAAGUAUGGGCUACCUGGUGCCAGCAGGUACUUCACUGUAUAAUCAGCACGGAGGUGGCACCUGACGGAGCAGAGGCGGUAAACUGGUCAUGAAAAAACUGAAAGUGGCCCCAUGAUGUAGCCAAGUCCAAACUGACUAAAGGUGGGAACAGCAAUACCAUUCUGCAGCCCGAAAUAGCAUCAGAAGAUACCUUCUCCAGGAGGUGCCCCUCUGCCCUGGUCCCGUUUAGUCCUCCUUCUCCAUUUGUUUCUAACUGAUAUACAGAGGAGGGGGUGAGACGAGGGCCAGAACAGCGAGCGGGCCCUACCUUCAGCAUUACCAAACAUGCAGGAGAAUACCGCACUACGUACCUCUUACAUCCAGUGACGUGUUCUGUCAUUUAGACAUGGUCUUUCCUCGUCUUCUCUAUUCGGCCCAGACCACCAUGACAACGUCUUUGAGCCACGUCUGCUGAGUUUGUCACACAGACAUUCUGCUGCCACCCCCAAUACUGUACUGCAGAAAAAAUAGUGCCCCAACUAAUAAUAAUAAUGCCCCUAUAGUAAUAUCAGUAUUAAUAAUGCCCCCUAUAGGGGCCUGCAGUAAUGAUAUUGCCCCCGUUAGUUAUAAGGCCUCCAUAGCAUUCCUAGUAUUAAUAAUGCUACAAUUGUGCCCCAGCAAUAAUAAUCCUCCCUAUAGUGCCUGCAGUAAUAAUAAUGCCGUAUAGAACUCUCAGUAUUAAUAAUGCCCCCUUAUAGGGUCCUACGUUAUCCAUCAGUAAGACUAAUGUCCCAGUAUUAAAGGUCAUCUGUCUAAAAGAUGUCCCCAUAGUGCCCUCAGUAAUGGCCUUUAUAAGUGGUCCCCCCGCGUAGCAAAGUAAAAAAAAAAAAUCUAAUUCUGGAGUCACCCCUGGAUGCAGGCCACAUCUUCACGACCACCUGCCUCAUCCUACUGCCGUUAGGCUUCAGGCCUGGUUUUCUGCGGCCUAUGAGAGUGAAUGUGGGGUGAGGAGCCAUCGUCCUGAGGCCACCGACAGCCGGGUACAUAAAUACCUGAAGACACCAGACCUACCCCUAGAUACAGACCCUCAGAGGCUGUAACAGGAGGCCACAAAGUAUGGACUUUCAGGGGGUGAAUACUUAUGCACAAUAAAAUUUAAUUUUUUGUCUUAUUUUUUGUGUCACAAAGAAAAAAUAUCAAAGUGGUCGACAUGUUGUGCAAUCAGAUGGUACAAACCCCCCAAAUCCGUUGUAAUAAAAGGUGGAAAUGUAC